GAUAUCAUCUAAUAUGGGUAUUUUUAGAACCGGAAUGAUUUCCAGAGGCCGUCAUUGUGAGUUGCAAGAUGGUGACUGCCGGUUUCUGAAGAACAGCACAAAAUGAUCAAAUGCCAUCCAAUAUUACUACUUCCAAGAUUAGUACGAUACCUAGAGACCUAAAACCGACCUCGGACGCUACUGGUUGCAUCUUUCGGUUCCAUGGAAAUAUUUCAUCCGAAGCGAACGUGAAAUCAGCCCUUCUGCCCCUCAAUUAUCUUCAUAACCGUAUAUACGGCGCUCAUGAAAUCCAGUCAUCAUCUUUGAACCCUUAUUUACAUGUUAAAAUACAUAAACAAAAGAAAGCAUUUGAUUGUAAAACAGCAUUAGAAGGACACGAAAAUUAGUUCAAAUCACCUCGUAAACAUUGCUUUCGUCAUCGUGUUAUUUCGCUGCGUAUAAUCUACUGCUUUGUGUGAUUGAAAAUAUAGAUGUUAAAACCCUAGUGGAAUGAAAAACAACAGCCAGUUGUAAAAGUCGAUUUUAAUUAAUCUUUUGAGAAUCUGCUUAUAUUAGGUCAAAAUACUAACUAAAAAUUACGAGAAUGGGCGACGAUCAGCAAGAUGAUAAAAUCUCGCUGAAAUUGGCGGAAAUAUCUAUUCAAAAGUUCAACCAGUCCAUUCCACAGUACUUGAAUUUACUGAAGAAUCACAAGUGUAACAUUGAGAAGGUAGGAUCCCUCAAGGACUGGGAUCGAAUCAAGCGGGAACAGAUCAAUGCCACCCGGGUGACCAAGCAGAUGAAGUAUUUGAUUCUGGAAAUCGAUAAAGUGCGUAGCCGAGUUCAGGAUAGCGAUCUGGAGCGGUUUGAUGAGGGCAUAGAGGAGGCGAAAAAAAUGGCAUUCGCUGGAAUGGGGGAGUAUUUGGAUAUGCAGCAAAAGUUUGCUUCGCAGUCUCAAUCCUCCUACAGUUUGCACGACGAAGAUCGCAGAAGCUUGGUGGAAGAUGGAGAUAAUCGUUACGGAAACCAAUUGGCCCAGGUGUCAAAAAUAACGAGCACUUACGAUAGAGAAGAGGAUGAAUUACGACAACGGGCGGAGUGUUUGAAAGAAAUGGAAAAGUUGCAGCAAGAGAUUGUCGAUAUUCAAGACCUUUUUCAGGCUGUUCAUACGAUGACGCACGGCCAGGCCGAGAUGAUCGAGGCGGUGGAAGAAAACGUUGAGGUGACACAGGUGCAUGUGGAAGCAGGAGAAACGGCGUUGCGUAAAGCACUUCGCUAUAAGAAGGCCAUUUAUCCGAUGUGUGGUGCUCUACUUGGAUCGUGCAUAGGCGGACCGAUUGGAUUAAUUGUGGGCUUAAAGGCCGGAGGUCUGGCGGCAAUUGGGGGAGGGCUAGUUGGGUUUGCUGGUGGCAAAUUUGUCAAGAAUGAAGAUGAGAUCGACGCGGUAGACGGUGGCGAUAAAGCGGUCGAAGUCGAGGCAAACGGUUUAGCUGCUGCCGAACAGGAACUUUCUCUGUGUGAAAGAAAGGAAUGACGGCUGGGCUAUUUUUGUGUUAUUCAGUAGAGUGUCAUCGUUCUAGGGUAAAUGUUGCUGUUAUAUUUUAAAGUUAAGAAAAAAGAUUGAUACUAAUCGUUGUUGGUAGUGAACCAUACUCUUGACAUGUUUCUUUAAUAAUCUUUUCAAGUAGAGUUACUCAUCUACAUACAAGUGAUUUCAAAGCGAUAUUGCCAGGAAUAGAAAGUCCUAAGCUAAACAAUAACUAACGUUUGAAGCUUAAUCAGAACCAAAUGUUAGACAUACGAUACUAGUGAUUGUUUUGAAGAUUUAUUUAUUGAUAUCCCCUCCUACUUCGGAAACAGACAUAAAAUACAAUAUCUUA